AUGCUAAGUGAACCAUUGGUUUUUCUGUAUUUCUUCAUCUUAUUUACUGGCAGUUUUGCUCAGAGAAAUGUGCCUGAUGUUGACAAUGAUUCAGAUAUUCGAAAGCAAUCAAUAAUUAUCAAACCAGAAACUGAAAUUAAAACUCGUGUAGGUGAUGCCGAUAGCAAUGGUCGUAAUUUACAAAGAAGUGAUAAUCAACAACAAUUAGUAGGUCAGCCCAGUCGAUCAGUACCAAUAUCAAUAGCUAAUAGUGAAGAAUGUCGGUCUGAUGUACAAAGAUAUUGUACAAAAGGGAGUAGACAAAUGCCUCCAAAUUUAAAAGUAUUACAAUGUGUUGAUGAACUUGAUAAUGCUGUUAAUCUAAUAAGUAAAGAUUGUCAACAUCAUAUAUACAAUUUUAAAUAUAAUAUGACACAUGACCCACGUUUUGAUGAUGCAGCACAAAGACAAUGUUCGAAAGAUAUUAAAUUACUUGAUGAAUGUGAAGAAUUUGUAGGUAAACGUGGUUCAGGUCGUCUUGUAUCAUGUUUAUAUGAUCGUUUGGAAAAUAUAACUGAACCAUCUUGUCGGUAUUUUAUUAAUCAAAUGCGAGCAGUUGUUUUUAAUGAUUGGACAUUAUCAGAAUAUAUGGUUGAUGCAUGUAUGAGUGAUAUAAAUAAACUUGAAUGUGGACGAUUAGAUGAUGAUAAUAAAGCCAUUCCACAUGAACAAGGUGCUGCUAUUGCAUGUUUAUCACAAAAAUAUGCUCAAUUACAAGGAUCGUGCAAAAAAGAAACCUUUGGUUUAGCUGAAAUGCAAUCAGAUGAUUACCAUCUUGAUCGUGCAUUAUUCUAUGCAUGUCGUGAUGAUCGUGAACGUUUAUGUUCCCAAGUUCAAAGUGGAAAUGGUCGUGUUUAUCGUUGUUUAUAUGAACAAAAAUUUAAUACUAUGCUGUCAUCAGCUUGUCGUAAAGAAGUUCACCGGCGACAAUCAUUAGUUGUUGCUAAUGUACAAGUAGAUGCACCAUUAAUUCGAGCAUGUAAAAGUGUGAUUAUUCAACAUCAAUGCUCUGUUGAUCUUAAUGAAAAUGAUAAGCGUUCAUCUCUUGCAAAAUUACUUUUAUGUCUUCAAGAUGAAUUUAAGAAAGGUGAUCAUAUACAAGAUGAAUGUCGGCGUGAAAUGCUUGUUCAUCGUCGUAUGUUAAUGUCGGAUUACUCUCUUUCUCCAGAAAUUGUUAGCGAAUGUAAAACUGAAAUGAUUAAAUAUUGCCCAUCAUUACUUCAACAAAGUAGUUCAAUUGAUCAACGUGGCGGUCGAAUGAUUCAUUGUUUAUUAAAUAAUGCACGAAAACAAAGAGAUUUUAGUAUUUCAUGUUUAAAUGUUGUUAAAUCAUUAGUACGUGCAGUUGAUCCAGGUAGUGAUAUUCGAGCUGAUCCACUACUUGAAACAACAUGUCAACCAGUUAUUGAUACUUUAUGUCCAAGGAUAAAGUCUGGCGAUUCAAAUAUUAUUAUGUGUCUGUUGGAUAAUCUUAAAAGUAAUCGUAUGACAGAAGAAUGUGAAGAUCGUUUAAUGGAAAUUACAUAUUUUAUAGCAAGAGAUUGGAGGUUAACACCAAAAUUAAUACGUACAUGUCAAACAAAUCUUAUAAAUCUAUGUCAACUUCCAACAAAUUGGUCAAUGACAAAUGAAUUAAAAGAUGAUCAAAUCGGAAUGUAUUUAGGUUGCUUAUAUCAACAACGGCAACAACUUGAUAGAAAUUGUAGUACGGAAUUAAAACGUCUCAUGCAUAUUCGAACACAAGCGAUUGAUUUAAUGCCUGAAAUUGAAGAUAAUUGUAUAGAAGAUUUAGCAACAUGUAAAAAUCCUGAAAUUAAAGGAGAAGUAAGUGAGAAUGUUAUAUAG